AUGGUGAUGGUGUCUAACUCUAGCCAUCACAACAAGGAAAUAAACGUCAGAAGGAGGAUCUCUGCGAUAUACAAUAAGCGGGAAGAGGAUUUUUCAGCGCUUAAGGACUACAAUGACUACUUGGAAGAAGUGGAGUGCAUGAUAUAUAUUAUCUCCCAUUCCACAGUAUUUUAUUUGGUAGAUGGAAUCAAUGUUGGGGCCAUUGAGGAGAAGAUUAAGAGAUACUCUCAAGAGAAUGCUGAACAGAUCAUGGUUAAUCGCGCCCGCAAGGCUGAGGAUUUAACUGCAGCCUUGGCAGCUUGCAAGGCCCAACCUCCACAAACUGAUACUGUUACGUCUUCAAACCAUGGGACUACGGCUGCAACUGCAUACAUUCAGGCUCCACGACCAACGGGAAUGGGCCCACAACCUCUACCUAUAGGAGGAGGAGGAAGAGCAGAUCAUCAACGUUACUACUCUGUGGAAGACGAUGCAAUGUUGAGGAUCAAAGCGGAGAGAGCUCCACGCGCUGGAGGAUUUUCUUUAGAGAUAAGCAAGAAGAGGGCUUUUGAAGAAGCAUUUUCAUGCAUUUGGGUUUGAUUCCUCAAGAGAUUUGUGUGCUUAUCUUAAGACUGUGAUCACCAUAUAAAUCAAUAUAUCGGUUAGAAAUCACCAUAGAAACCAAUAUGUUGCAUGUUAUGAAUAAGUCUCAAUCUUUCAA